AUGAUAUCAGGCGAAAUGAAGCUAUUGUUAGCUUGCGUUUUUGUUGGCAGUGUGCUGGCCGGUAAGACCAAUCCCUGUCUUUCAUUUUUUUCUUCAGAAAUGUAUUUAAUCGGUACUUGCCAUUGUUUUACUGCAAAGACUCCCAGGUCUUUUAAAAUAGCUAUAACCAAUGUUGAGGGUGCGCGGUAGUGACAUUUUGCUCAGCAAGUAAAUUUUCUUUUCCUCUUUUGUUUUUUGCGGAGAAAACAAGUUAAAAUCUAGUUCCAAGGUGUAAAUUGUUAUCACCGUGAAAAAAGAUUAAAUGUUUGGCAAAAAUUUUCCGCUUCGUUCCCAACAUCAGAGGUGUUCAAUUUCUGCGUUAUGCAAAGUUUGGACUGCACAGGGAAGAGCCAUUUUCUCACUAUGUGUUCUAGAAACUAUUAACUUAAUAGCACUUUUCCUUGAUGUUCCAAAUGAAAAUGAUUUUCUUUGCAGUUCCUGUCAGGAGAAACUCUGAGGAGAACUGCGAGACAGGUACGAAAAAUAAUUGUGACCUUUUUUUACCUACCCAUCGAUUUUGUUUCCCCUGCAGAAGUCAGUUUUCUUUAACCUGGUUUACCUGCACACGAUCGUUUCUCUGCGAGACAGUUAAACAGGCUUUUAAUAGAAAAUGGAUGAGCUGAAAUAUUUUGUAAAGAAACGUCAUUAAUUGCUCUUGCACCUCUGAUUUUUAAGAAGGGUAAAAAAGGGUUUUGAUUCCAUUCUUGCUAUCGUGCUGUCCGGAGGGCAAGUUUUAAAUACCAAAGGCAUUUUUCAGUGGAAUAACAGAGUAAGAGGUGGCUGCGAAAACCUCCAGCAAAAGCAGGCAAAUCGUUUCUGCAAACUGAUAUUCUCUAACACUCGGUUUUCGUUACUAUUGCGGUUUAUCUCUCAAUCUCCCUUUUUGUUCCAAAAAAGCUUUGCUCAUUGUGUACCAUAACCACACUCCAUUUCUAUUGUUCUACUAAAGAGUGUUCGAUUACAAGGAUAAAAAUCUUAAGCCGGUUGCAAAGCGAUAGUCGAUUCAAACAUGCGAUGUAACUUAUUAAAUCCUUUACCGGUUGAAAAUGGAGAAGAGCCCGUUUCCGUCAGGAAUUUUUUCGCGAUCACCUCGAAAGCUUGGACUUCGAGGUUAGUAAAGGCCAUCCUAUCCCCGACCCCCUACAUUGAAAAGUAUGUAGUAUGCACGUGAACACCUCUUAUCACCCAUGCGUUCGUGCAUGCUACCAUUAUCAAUUAAUACCUCCCUCAUUCACUUGAUCAUCUAUUUAAUGAAAAAUCACUUUGUUAAUUGAGAUUUCCGGUCCUUUUGUUGCGGAUAAAGCUGGUGUUACCUUGCUCGCUGGAUGACAAUGCAGAACAAGGUUCGUGUGGUUCACGUGAAAAAUUCAGUGUGCUAUUACAGGUGGUAAACGGAUUUGAGACAUUAGUGGAUAAAAGCAGAUCUGUAUUUUCAUUUCAGCUGAAAUGCUAUCCUUUGGUAUUCAAGGUCACUAAAAGGCUUGCAAAUCUUUGAGCCCUCGACGUUUACUUCCAUUUUCUCAAAACAGAUCAAACGUUAAUCUCAAAAUAAAGCUUCGAUGUGUUUGCUAUUCGUUUCUUUUCUCUUUCGAGCAUCCAUAAGCGAUCUGUCUUUGAUGAUGUGUUGCGGCGUAAAGAUUCGUCUACAGUUUAAAACAAACGAACUAAAAAAUAAAAAACCCUUUACGAAAAAAAAUUAAUCUUUUUGGGGGAGUGUUGGGGGAGGGGCAACCUUUUGAAAACACCGCGAAACCUUCGUUUGACGUCCGUUAUUCUAUAAAGUCAAGGUCAUCCGGCUUAUCGUGUAAAACAACACGAUUAGAAACACAAUCCACAUCCGGCUGCAUUUUACCAAGAACAACGAAGUCAUCUAGCACGGAUAAAUGGCAGCUGCGCUCUUGGAUAAAAGGCGGAAUAUGUUUAUCCCCCAAAGAAAAACAUUCGAGGAUAGGUGGAACGGUGCAUUUUGGUCCUUGUGCGCCGCCUUCAUCCCUGACUUGAGGGAAGGGGGACCUGCGUCCUAUUUUCAUUCUUUCCAAAAUUUUGGGUCAUUUUCGUUGCUUUUAUGAUACUGUUGAAGAGGAAAUGGAGAGGGCAAGGAGGUCGGGUACUCCGAUCCCUUAUAUAAGCCAUGCCGGCAACAGCGUUUACUAAUAAUAGCCAGUCCAAAACCCUCUCACUCUCCCACUUCGAGAGGUCAAAACUAGGCAGAUCAAUCUCAAGUCACUGAUAUGCACAAGUUCUACAUCAGAUAGAACAACGGGCCACUUCUGUGGAAAACAUGGGAAGCCAGUUUUCCGUGUGAGUUUGAAAUUUGAAUUGUGUUUCAAAACUUAAAAAACUGGUUACGCCCUACUGGCUACUUCCAGGAGCCUUUAACCCUGCUACUAGCAGGAAUCGCGUCCAGAUUCUUUGGUUUCCCACUCUUCGGUUGUCAGGCCUCCCUCGGAUUAUAUUCAUGAAAAUGUUCACGUGUCUUGUGUUUAACCAUUAGUUUGAACGCAAAAAGAACGAUUACCUUAUUAUGGAAAAUUAACGCUUCAUGAAAUGAAAUUAACGCGUUAAUUUUAGUCGCGUUAAUUUCUGUAAAAGUUAAUUUCAUCGACGUUAAUUAAGUUUAGCGUUAAUUUCCGCGACCUUAAUUUCCAUGUUGUUGACCCCAAAUUCUCAAUAAAUUCUGACGUUCUUGACACCUAAGAAAAAUGAGUAUUUUAUCGGGCUGGAGAUCCUCCAGCAACAGUGAAACUGUGAAGAACUUGAAGUGGCCAGAUUUCUUCGCUUAACGUUUUAAUAAGGAAAGAAUCACGAACAAAGUUUCCGUUUCGGAUUUUACCGGUUUAAUAUCUUGGUUCCUAUUGUCUCAAAAAGUUUUGUUUCUUUGUGAACGUCGCUUCAAUUUCCUUCACUUUAAAAUGUUUCCCUCUCUUUCGCGUUAAUUUCCUUUUAUUGAAAGUCGUUUUCCACUAAAUUCGUGUUAAUUUAAGUGGCGUUUAUUUCCAAUGCCUUAAUUUCAAAGAUCGUUAAUUUCCUAUAACAAGGUACAUGCGAUAUUGAGAAUCUUUUUCACUUUUUAUUGUCACCUUAUCCAAAUGUCAUGCAAACUAGAAUUUCCCUUAGGUGAUCAUUUCAGUAAUUCUCAUUACCUUUCCUCUUUACCAUGUGUUGAUACGGUUGGGAGAAAACUGAUGCUGGUCACUCUUGGAACUCACUGAAAGGGUUAAAGCUUUAACUCCAAGACCACAUUAUGGAGAGAUUAUUUGUCAUUCUAACUUUUGAAUGUGUGAUGUGUUUCCAUUCAAACACAGGCGAUAAAAUUUGUGAGGUGUUGUGUGACAAGGUCGUUCAGCGGGGGGAUUUGUAUGGGUUUGAAAAUAUAUGUGAGGUGUUGUGUUGCAACGGUCAGGACCAAGAUCAUAAAGGUUGCCCGGGGGAGUACUCCCUUACAAGAGGCCAAUAGGGAUGUGCCGCUAGAUGGGGUCGCAUUUUCACGACUGGAGUGACUAUAAUGGGGUUGCAUUUUCAAUAGAGUUACUAGAAUGGGGUCGAAAAUUUUCGGAUUUUUGGGGUGAGUAGGGAUGCAAAAUGGGAAGAAAAAAUCAGAAAGUUGUUGUUUAUUAAAUUUAACAAUAAGCUCGCAUUGACCGCAUUACAUUCCCCCGCUUGAAACCAUAUUAAUAAGUCAAAAUAAGGUAGAUGUAUAAAUAGAAAGUGACUAAGUUGGGAUCACGAAAAUUACAUUUUCCCAAAAGUGGCUAAGAUGGGGUCUAUAGUUGGCCAAAAAAUAGACUAUUAUGGGGUGCAAACAUCAACCCAAGUCCCCUCCCCGGAAAGGUUGUACGGGAUUGUGACUGAUUUAAUCAGAGAUUUAAUUUUUUUAAAAAAGAAAUAACGCUAAUUUUUGAAUAAAAGUUAACUUACCUUUGAUGUUGUAUUUCUCAUCUUGUAUUCACAUUUUAGCCCCAUUUCGAACUGAUCGUUGUAACACAACACCUCACAAAUGUUUGCAAGCCCAUACAAUCCUUCGGUUGAACGACCUUGUAACACAACACCUCACACAUGUUAUUACAAUCGCCUGUUGUCCACUGAAUUGAGCUUGGGCCGCCUGUGAUUCAAAUAAAACUUCUUUAGCGGAAUUUUGCAAAGAACUACUUUUUGCGAACUUAACAAAACGGUUUUUUUUUGGUAAAUUUUUACUUUGGUCAGCGGGAAGCGGGAGUAAAGAGGGAAGUGAUAACUUCGAAUUACAAAAAGUCCAAAAAGAAGUGUUUAUCCAAUAUGCUUGACUGUGUAACGGUACUGUGUAGACAUUUAUAUAAGUGCGUGACGUCCGUGCGUGACCUUUCUUCUAUUUCCACCAUUAGUCAAACCACUUGAAGCUUAUGUGUCAUUGCGAUUUCUUCUUUGUUUACUAAACCUGACCUUUUGCUAGCACUAUUAAGUAUCUUAACUCCAAAAGAAAGAACUUUUUCAAAAGGGAACCCAGAGAACCUAAUUCUUUUGAAAACUCAAGAGUUUAACUUUGGCCCCGGUUUUUUUUUUAAGUUGCAAGCCAAGUUGUACUUUAGGCAGUAAAGGGCAACAGAUUCUCUGGAAAUAUCUUUAUUUCAAAUGUGUGUUUUAGGGUUGUAAAGUUUUACUAAAAAACUGAAGAGUGUCUUAGUUUUCAGGGGUACCCGACGGGAAUAUAGUUCACAACAACUUAAACAUAGCAUUGUUGAACGUAUUUUAGUAUUUAAACGGGAUUGGCUGCCUCUUCUAGGAUUUUCAACAUCUAAAAAAUGGUAUAACUGCCCAUUUUUAAGGAAUUUUACCCUAAAAAGGUCACCUAGAAUUUUCGGGAGCCUUUUUUGGGGCUGAAAUUUUCGAAAAGGUAAGUUUUGAUCCCUAUAAUUUUCGGAUCACUAGACUUAAUCAGCUAGGAAAUUUGAACAGAUGAACCGAACAGAUAUUUUCCAAAAUUGACGAUGGGUGCCUGUGAGUUUUCCUCUUCGUAUUACGAAAGAUUUUAAGCGAAGCGUAUGAUUAGGCCUAAACUUUUUUUGGCAACUCUACCAUGAAGACGAACUUUGUUUGCAACACUAACAUAAGAAAUCAGCUCUCCAUCAGUUAAAUAUUUUUUAAAUAAUCUAGACACUCUGUCUUGCUCUCUUUCUUCACCUUUACGUCACUUUUUCGUUUCCAGGCCAGACGCGGUUUUUUCCUAACACCAGGUACAUCUAUCGUUAUGUUGCUACCAGCCUGACUGGAGUAACUGGAACAACCAAUGAGAUCACUGGUCUUAGGAUCGAGGCUAAAUGCGAGAUCGAGGCCUCCUAUUCGUGCCAGCGUAUACUCAGGGUUUGUAUGUUUUCAGCUUUGUUAGUUUAGUCUUUAAUGUUAUUUUUGUCUGACUACUUUUUUUUUUCGGUAUUUUAAUAGUUGGGUGGUAAGAGCAUCCGGUAAUCUAAUCCCCCUACGGGGAGGAAUGCAGAGAUACUCUGCCCUGGGGGCCAAACCCUUUCCUUUGAUGUACGACUUUUGACCAACAAAGUAUUCUUUUCUUUUACUUUCCAUAAUACGAUACCCUUUAUAUGCCCAUAAAGACGUUUAAGCUAACUUGUAGCUGACUUUAUCUGACUUUUUUAUUGAUUAAAUUAAAAGAACUUAAAACAGGCGCGCCUCUUUGAGACCCUGAAAAACCACAAGUAAACGGCAUUUCGCUUGGUAUUUUUUAAAUAUCGCAACUCAUUGAAUCCCUUGUUGCUUGAGAGCCUUCAUCCCUGUAUAGUCCACUAUAGGACAUAUUAUCCUGACGCGGCCAUAUGGAGCUUUCUUACAGUGAUUUCAGAUCUGAAAUAACAAAUUAGGUUUAACUUAGUUAAGCAUGAUCUAGGUAUUUUCAAAACAUUGACAGCGACCCGAAGCUAGGAACAUUUGACGCAGCUUGUGAAAUGUACGUUCCUUUAUAACUUGAGUUAAGAAUUAUAGUGUCAUAAUUAAUAUUUUUUUCUUUGGUGCCUUAGCAUAUUUUCUUUAUCAUAGACUAUGUUGUGAGGCUUGCACGAAAGCGUAAGAAUAUACCGCAGUCGAUAAAAUCUGUUUUACACUAGCACUGCUGAUUGAAGCCAUUAUUUGAUCCGUCAUUUGUUACUGGCGCAAUUGUCCGAUAUAAUCACUCAUCAUUUCACUUUGAAGUCCUUGAAGAGCUGGAAUAUUAAACACGAGAAGAUAAUUUCUAAUAAGUUCUAACAACUGCAUUAUAUCCCUUCACAGGUAUCCGAGGUGAAAUUAUUGGAGGCGACACCUGGUAAUGAGACCAAGUUUCAGCCCUCUCCAAACCAGGAGAGCUUCAAGAAGGAUGUUGAGGCAAACAGCCUGUUGUUUACGGAAAACAACCGCCGCUUCGAGGUCGUCGGGCCACACAUCUCUGAACCUCUGUAUGUAACAAACAUCAAACGUGGUAUAUUGAGUGCUCUUCAGCUGCAGUCCGUAGAGGAACAGCAAAAAGUUUUCACAGAGGUACUUAAUCAUUUUCUUGUGAACCCAUGUCAUCGCUAGAAUUUUGCAUGAGAAUCGUACCCAGUGGCAAAGGAAUAUGGAAAGGCAACUUAAUGCGCGCAAAGGCGCUUGGGAAGGAGCCUCCCUUUCUUUGUUGCACCGCGAACUCACUAAAUCUUCGCCACUAAUCACAGCGCGAAUACAGAGAAGCGACUGGGUGCGAGUCUGAUUUUACAUGCCGAAGGCACUAGAAUGCCCAGUACCGAGGGGAACACACUUCUCUAAGUGUACCCACUACUAAAAAAGGAUUGUCUAAGGGUGCUUUCCAAUUGUGAGAACGAACCUGCCGGAACAUUUCCGUCAUGAUGAGAAUUUCACUUUUAAUCAAACUUUUUCCGCCAGAUCAGUCAAAAUCUAAAUAGUAUGCCCGAAGGAAGCAAAACCUCUUAGGUAAAGCCUAUUUCGUUGUCAAAAUGACUGGUCCGGCCAUGGUUCGGCUGGCUAGUUCUGAGCCCCCCAAGAACCUUCAAGAAUUCCGUUCUAGCUGUCUUCCAUAUAAGUGGUCGUACUGUCGGGUUUUUUCCAAAUAAGCAAAGGUGAAACAAACUUUUACGUCACAUUAAAAACUGACCAUGAGUACUUCUUGUUUUCCUCACGUUAGUGGUGAAAUUACAGCGUUUAAACCACAAUCUGAAACUUAAGAAUGACCGCAUCUAACAUGAUAUGAACACUACUGUGGGGAUACCGCUCAAUAUAGCAUUGGAGGGAUAAGGCGAUAAAAAUGAUGCCGAUUCUCCUUAUUACAGAGUACAACAGGAUUGUAAAAUGUCAGCAAGGUCUCCCUAGGACUUUAUUUGCAGUAGGGUAUAGCCUGAUAUAUAGUUUUCAGGUUUUUGUAGUCAGUUAGGUUCACUUGGAAGAAGAUUAUCCAAUCACAACUUUUUUUGGAUCAAAACAAAAGAUUCUCAAGUUUUUUUUGAAAACGGACCAACUGUGCAACCGUUAUAAACUUAAAAGCUCCUAGAACUUACAUAACCUCUCAGGAAACAGCAUUCAUGAAUGUUAUUGGUCCUUUUGCGAAAAAACUUGAGAAAGUUCUGUUUUCAGGAAAUCGUUGUGAUUGGAUAAUGUUCUUCUAAGUGCCCCCGCGCCUGUUCGAGUAGUCACUCUGUACAGAGGUCUAGUGUGAUUACUUAUUUCACUGAGUACAGGUAACCAUUCGUUUGUUCCAUUUGCACUGAUAAACAAGCAAAUUAACGAGCCCUAUUUUGUCUAUCAGGUCGAUGUAUCCGGUAACUGCUCAACUGAAUUGAAGAUCAUCGGGGAAUCUGACGAGGGAGACAAAGAAAUCCUCAAGAUUAAGAAUCUAUCUCAAUGCACCAACCGAACGCACAACAUCACCAAGCUCAACCCAGUCCCGUACAACGUGAACUCAGUAAGUACUCAGUCCCCUUUGUAAUUCUCCCUUCAAUCUCUAACUCAUUUUAACCCUUUAACAUAAUUAUGUACCAAAGGACCCUCCUUGGGUAAACUCUCUCUCCAGUUCCCUGGUUUGGCCCCUGAACUGUUUCAGUGCUUUUUACUUGAAGUAGUUGUCGUGACUUUAUUUUUGCGGAAGCCUGCAUUUAAUGUACUGAUUUUUUAACCGUUAAAUCCCAGUUUUUGUAACCUGUGGAGCGUUAAGGAAUUGUACUAGGCGUGAUUCUCUUCAACUGACCUUCAACGUGGAUCAAAACGUGCAGUUCUGAAGAUUAGUCUUUCAUCUAAGCGGUGUAAAGUUAUAUCAAAUGACUUGGAAUAUGAGACUCACUUACGUGAACAGUAGCUAUACAAAUUUCCCGGACUCAAGAAAGUUUUUACAUGAAAAAAGAGGUCAAGCCCCACAUGACUGAUUUGUUAAACCAACAUGGCCACCUUUUCACUGUUUUGUGUACACCAAUAUCGUGACGUCAUGUAAAAACUUUCUACAUACAAACACCUUGACGGUGACGGGUCUAGUGUGUGAAACUUGCCGUGCCUCUUGUUUUUCAUUUUUCUGUGUCUGAAGAUCAGAUAAGAGUACAUAGCUAAGAGUAAAUAGCUCUACUAAUUCUUUGUUUUAGAAAGCAAAAGUUGAUGACUUGUUUCUAAUUAAGCACUCCCACUUUCGUUUUUUAGACCAUUCAAGGUCCCCUUAACUCGACCAGCUUCUGCCGUUACAUUGUAAACUCCCACGUAAAGACCGUAGAAUGUAACGAAAUUCAUCUCCUGAGACCUUUCAGCUAUAAGGGAGCUGGUGUCAUGACUAAUGUCACGUAAGUGUUUAUUGUGACGCUUUGAAUUCGCGUAGCAUUACAGUUGUUAGUGAGAUGGCUUGAUUAUCCCUGUUUCAUCAGUGCUACACGUUAGGACAUUGGAACUUCAGAUAUAUCACUGUAACUAGGGUACGUUUAUAACUGGGUUUAGAAAUGUGGUCCGUUAUGCGGGGAUUCGUUAUAUAAAAUAUCAUCCUCAGUUUGUUACGUUUCAUCGGGAGCUGGCGUGACAACGAUUGUUACGCAAGCAUACUUAGUGUAACGCUUUUCAAAUCCUUCUUUCUUUAUUUUUAUUUUAUUUUAUUUGCCACACAAUAAUAGAAAUUACAAAUAAUAUAGGAAAAGUAGAAAAAAAAGUAGCGAGGAGACCUAACAGAAACUGUAGGAGCUUUUUAGAGGUUAGGCCUCCUCGAACUACGGGCUGAAGAAAAGAUGGCGAAAAGACGAAGAUGGAAAGAUUUAUGAACGGUUUUCAUAUUUACUUAAUAAUUUAAUCUUCAGUAUUUUCUUAAAAGAGGAAAGGGAUUGAGAAUUGCAAAUAUGUUCUUAUUUCAUUACUGAUACUGCCUUGAUAUUGAAUGACUGUACAGUUUAGCAAUUAUCUAAUUGAUAUGGUAAAUGUAAUUGCAGGAUGAAUUUGACGUUAGAGGAUGAAGAGUGGAACUCGAAUUUUUUCUCGAGCCCCGACUGGACCGGUAGGAAUAAAACUAUUAGUCUUAUAGUAACAAUAACCCAUUCACCCGCCUGUAAGGUGCGAAUCCACGUCCCUUUUGAAGCGCUUGUGACGUCAUGAGUUUUAACGUCACAGAGAACUUUGAUAUCAAACUUGUGCUGGGGUUAAGAGAUUUUUCACCCGAAAUAACACAGUUCAGUCAAAUAGUUCGGAGAAAAACACACACGCACACACACCCAAAACAUGUAAAGCUGACUCGACACAUCCAACACAUUUCUUGUUCCAGAACCCACGUGCACUAGAUUUCGUAUAAUCCUACGAUUCUGAAAGUUUUCCAAAACCUUUUCCUACCAAAGGGAAGCGUAGUAAAUGCCCAGCAAAGGAUAAAAGCGAAAUUAAUAAACCCAACUAUGAAGACCGCGAAGUGCUCGACUUAUAAACAGCGUUUUGGGCCCUGAUGUCGACAAGAAAACGUCUCGACUACAUUGUAGCUUCAAAGGUAAAAUUUCCAGGAGCUAAUGGGCUUUUCGAACCAGUUCAGGUCUUUGACCUUAUCUUUAUUCAACAGAGCAUCGGAAGUCAUGCCUCUUAUACGAGCAAAGCGUCCGGAAAGACGAGGUAUCCGAAACAGUUAACGAGAAUUCUCAGCACGCAAAAGCUCUGCUCGAAGAGUUGGUCACGGUCCUUCCAAUCAACGAAAGCAAACCUAUCACGGCAAUCAAGUUCACCAACCUUGUUUUCGCGAUCCGGAAACUGGAUAGGAGUGCGCUGAGGGACGUGUGGACUACAUUUUACAACUGCAAUGACCUUGAAACAGUUCUCACAGACAAGCAGUGCAAGAAAGCCCAGUAAGUUUCUGUGUGAUCCUAAAAGACACCAGUCUACGUGGAAGGCGCAAAAAGGGGGACAGGGAGGGGAGAAUUCCCUCGCCAUUUUGACCUUUUCUGCACUACCCCAUUCAACGCCUGCCACGCACAAAAUGAAAUAAGCACGGGUGACGGAGAGAUCUAUCGUUUGCUCGAGAACGUUUAGGUUUAAACUUGCUUUUACUCUUUCACUGCCAAUCUUAACAUAUUCCAACAGGCCAAUCAUAUGAUUGCAUAACGUUUUUUGCCUUAGAGCUAUUUAUUUCCAUUGCAAUAACUAAACGUUUUUGGAUAAGUCUAGGUGGAAUAUUAUCGCCCUGGUGAGUGUAUCCUUAGCGUUUUAAUGGCUUUAAGGUGGUGGUCACUGCGCAAAGAUUUGUGACGAGUGCGUUAGUUAUAUCAGUUUUUAAAUGUGACACUGCCUUUUCCAUAUUUAUUCAUGUGCUGUACGGCGUGCUGUAGACCCAAGAAAAAAGAGAAAAAAGAAACAAUUUUAUCAGGAUAUACCUGUCAGGAAAUGAAAUAAAGUCACUGCAUGUCUUCCCUUAUUUCAGGUCGUACGUGAUUGACGCUAUCACUCAAUGCGGGACUGUGCAGUGUAUGCAAUAUGUUAUCGAGGCAAUCCGGGACUAUGAUCAAGUACAACCUGAAGACGUGACCGCCUUAUUGUCUGGCAUGAGUGCAGUCCGCAAACCAUCGCCGAUGCUCUUCAACGAAGUUUUGGUAAGUAUGUACUUCAGUGUUUAAAGUUAUUGUAGUUUCUUCUUUCACAGCCUCUUUCCCUCGUCCAUAAACGGACUGGAAAACCACAUUCGGAUCAACUAAGAAAAACUGUUAUUAAAACGAUGUAUUACUUGAAAGUAAACACUUUCCCUAGAGUGCCUUUUUCUUAAACCUCAAAUUUUAUAUCAUAAAAUACAGAAGAGUUGCGGUUAGUUCUUGCCCAGUCCCUGCACGGGUGACGUUGGCCGAGCUAAUUUGGCCAAGGGACUAAGCAAGGUUAGUUCUACUUUUUACUUGUUGGCGAAGAGGUUUAAUUUGAUAAGUCAUUUCACAUGUCAAAAGUUGGAGCUACAUUACUUGUCUUCACGAUUGUUUGUCGAAUUGAAGGAGUAAAAUGUUUUUCCUUUCACUUUUAAAAAAGUCCCUCGCAUAGCUUCUUUCAGUUGUAAAUGAAUUUCGAAUGCUUAACACUACAUUGACUUUGAUGGCAUGUCUGUUUAGGAUCUGCUGGAACAAAAGAAGGAUCUGCCCAAAACUAUGUUGCUGUCUCUCGGUACCACGAUCAGAAAGUUUUGCGAUCAGGAGCCACAGCAAUGCACAAGCGAAUCUGUAAGUUGUAAAUUAAAAUUUAAAGUUCGUUUUCUUUUACUGAAGACUGCAUAGGAGAUCAUUCUGAGAACAGAUAAAGAACUAUCAGAAGGCUAACGAAAGUUGUAGGAAGCGUGCGUGAAAGAGCCUGCCGAACUGUCAUUUCCAAAUUUUAUGCACGGAAGCUUAGAAACUUAGGUUUACCCCAUUAAGCAAGUACAAUAAUUAUCUACCCAUCCAAACUGACUACCGAAUGAUGUAUAAAAAGCUUUUUACACUAUAUUUCGUUUUGACAAUUUUCACAAAGGCGUCGACAAUUUCGCAAAAAUAACUUUGAUUUACCAUUUUGCGAAUUUCUUCUUAGGACACUGAGGUAAUGGAUGCAGUAGACUUUCUUGAGAAGCAACUCCCAAAACACUGCGAUGCUACUCCUGAUACGGUUGAUGACCUCAUUAUAAGCCUUAAGGCUAUCGGCAACGCUGGGCGCAUGAGAUCCAAACCAGUCAAGCUUGUGGAAUGCUCACAGGGUGCUAAUUAUCUCAAUGUUUCCGUGGUUGCCAUAGAAACCAUCCGACGCCUCCCCUUCUGCGCGGUAACGCAGAAAACUUUGAGGAGAGAGGUGUUUGGUGAUUACAGAAAGGACCCGGAGGUUCGGCUACAGGCGUACCUGGCCUUGAUGAUGCAUCCCUCUGAGCUUAUAGUGAAGUAUGUAGCAGAGGUGCUGGACGAAGAAGUCAACGCUCAAGUUGGCGCUUUUGUGUUCUCCCAUCUCAAGCAGAUGAACGAGUCUGUUGAGCCUACGUACGGAAAAAGGUAGGCGCAUAGCACCACUAAACAAAUAGAACAAAAAUCUCCAUUAUCGCCACUCUUAAGGAUCAGAAAGUGAAGUCAAAGUGUUCAACGCUCAAGCAGAACUCUAAGCCUUAGGCCACUGGUUUCACCGUAGAGUCUUUGUGGCCACUCAAAUCCAAGAAUGCGUCCUUUUUGCCAGCUGAAACACUCCGUUAAGAGAACACGAAAGGUGGUUUGCUUUGGUGAGGAAGCCCUCCUUAGUUGACUUUAAAUAAAUCCUGAAAACGAGAGAAAGACAGCUUUUUCCUGAACCAUGCUCCGUGAUAACGGAGAAAAAUAUUAAUGUGGAAGGUCUGCGUUUCAUUUAGGGUCAAAAACGUAAAGUUUGAACUUUCGUGGUCUUUUUCAUAAUUAAUCUUUCCUACUUCUCCCCUUUUCUUUCCUUUAGACUUAGUGAAAUGAUCAAGAGCGCUUUGAAGGAGCGUAAAACUCCUCUUCGUGAAUUCAACAUCACAUCAUUCAAGUCCCGUUUUAUGCAAAGGAGUUAUUUAAAUGGUACGUUUCUGGAACACUGGAAAAUAUGUUUUUAGACUCAUUUUGUCUUUCGUUUUACUCUUUGAGUGCGGAAAGAAAGAAAUUGUUUUUGUUACUGUAGUAAUGUUAUAUCUCAUAGUCGCAUACUUACGACGUCCGCACUCGACCACAUCACGUUUGCGACACAUUUUUAUCGUGUACAUGUACGUUAAGUAAGAACUUGUUCUAUGGCUCAAUCAUCAAUGACAGCUCGAGUGCACUCGCAUGCGGAGUCACGUGCUACACAUACACCUAUGCUCCUCGCAUCUACCGGGGAUUGUCACAGAUCUUGCUUUCCUUUGUUAACCAUUCUAUUACUUUUUUAACGUUUUCUUGCUGCUAUAUGAACUAUUGCCUUGUAUUUGUAAUCCCGUCCUUACUCUUCUACAGAGGAAAGCAAUCUUGGAUUCAGUAUGGAAAGCCACGUGUUCUAUCACCCCGAAAGCCUCUUACCCCGAUCCGCAGAACUGAACGUUACUCUUGACAUGUGGGGUGGAGCCUUUCCUGUUGUGGAGACCAGUACGCGGCUUGAAGGACUAGAGAUCAUCUGGGAAAAACUAUUUGGACAUAAAGGGUACUUCCCCGAUAACCACAUCCGAGGACUUGUGCGGACACCAGAGGAACAAGAAAACGCAAUUAAGAAAUUGGAAAAGAGAAGCACAGACAACGUCCUUGAUUUUGAAUCACUAGAUAACAAGGUGAGAGUUAAUCGUUCCCAAGGUUCUCUCCUAUUCGUCCCCCGGGGGACGAGUAUGAGAGGACCCUGGGAACGAGGUUGGGUGAGAGUCACAAGUUUUAGUGUUGCCGUAGUGAUGUAUUAUUUGGCUACUAAGAUUCGGCUGAGUUGCGCAAGGAAGCGAAACACAAAACAAGGGAUGGUGCUCACAAUAGCUUUUAUUAACCGGGUGAUUGUGGUGUCCGUACACAGGCAUCAAAGAUUCUACCUUGAACAACUUUGUAACACGUUCGACGGCAAUGAGCAGCGCGUUAGUUUUCAGUUAAAUGUUUAUACUGUUGUAUUCAAAAGACCACUUUCUUCUUUGGACAAAUCUAAAUAGUGUUAUCGAUAUUUGUUAAGUCACGCUUACGUAUUUUGUCCCCAAGGCAAAAAAAACUGCAUUUUGCACUUCAGCAAAUCUUACAAGUAGUGAUGUUUUGCGUAAUGUACAGGUAAAUCUGCGGACUAUGACUCCAAGCGCUCUGCUGUCCCUGAAACUCUUUGGUAGCGAACUCAAUCUAUUCACUUUGAAAGACCUUCAAUGGCUUGAGGAGGAUGAUAUACCGCUGGCCGAUAUUAUUGAUUUACUGAGAGCCCUUUCUCGAGGAAUCGACAAAACCUACACGAAGAGCGUUUUGUUUUUGGAGGAGAGUUAUGUCGUUCCAACUGGCCUUGGAAUACCGCUAAACCUUAGUCUCAAUGGCACAGUUGUCAGCAGUAUGCACGUGCAGGGUAAAGCUGAUUUCUUGAAUUUGUUUUGGGGAAAGAAGAGUGCAGUUGUCAAGGGAACCAUUAAACCAAGGUAAUCCCUGAAGAAAUGCCUCAUUGAUCUACGUGUGCUGUGCAGUUGCUUUCUCGACGCCUUUCCUCGAAAUUACCUUUUUUGUAAAUGUGAGAAAUAACAGAAGUACCAUCGCUUUUUGAGAAGAGGAAGAUAUAAUGUUUUUCUUUGGGGGUGUUCACUUAGGAAUUGUCCUGGCAAACAGCGUAGAUAACAAGCAAAACAAAACCAAAUUCAAAGAACUGGAAAUAGUGUAUGUUGCCAAAAGUGACCAUUAAUAGUAUUCAUGAGAAUAGACCCCAAAACUAAAUCAUUUGGAAAACGCAACGAGCUAUUAAUCUUUAGAUUGUCUGUCGUACGUUUCAAAAUAGGUAGCAAUCAAGUAAAAAGUUUCAAUAAUGGCACGUAAGAAAGGCAGAGGACAAGUAGAGGUAUAUUGUUUUUUGUCUGUUUCUUCCUUCAGCGCUGCCAUCGUACUUUCUGGUAAGCUUACUUUGGAUGCUUUCCACUGCUCUUCUGGUGUACUGCUGAAUGAGUCGAUCUCCACCUCCACCGAGAUGCAAGGCAAUGUGACUUACAAUGAGAAAGAUGGACUAAAGUCACAUUUCAAUGUCACUGAAAAACCACAAGAAAUCUUAAACAUCACGUAAGAUUAAACUAUGGUUUUACCUAAAUGAAGUGACAUCAUUGCUAAUUUUGCGUUUUAUUCGCCGGAGAUUCGUUUUGUCUCCUGUUUUUCUUUUUUGUUUCUUUUUCAUUAUUAAAAGUUUACUGAUGCUCUAAUAUACGAGUCAAAUUGCGUACAUGUUCACUGUCAUAAAAAUAAUGUACUGUACAUAAAGUCAUUUCUUACUUAUCCAAAAAAAGUGUCAUUUAACAGGACAUGGAGGAGAUAUGAUUAUAUACACAGUAUGCGUAAAAUUCAGCUAGCUAAUGAUAACACUUGCGGACAUUUGUCUCGGUGUCUGGUUUAUCUUGGGCAUUGCAGAGUUUCUUUUAUCAAAAGUUGACGAUGGUCAUUCUUUAGCUGCGUAACUAUUUAUACGUUAACCACAAGGUAUUCUUUAUUUUGUUGCAGAACUGCUCUUUUCCAUCACAUUGAUGACGUUAAAACCCCAAUUCUUGGUGUUGAACAUCGCAACACGGUAUGUGCUUGCAACUUUACAUUUUCACGAUUGUAUCGGUUUUAAAUCACUUGUAUUGUUCAUGAUAACUAUAUGUUUUUGUGAAGUCAAUCGGUUUGUUGCUUUGCUUUUAGACGCUCAUAUUAUUAAAACCUCUCACGCCAGUUUGGCAGUCAGCUUCGCUGCUAGAGAUAAAAGUGUAGAACCAGAGUUGACUUGUUCGCAUGCGUUCCGUGCUUAUGUUGGCUUGUGGUAAGCCGACGUUAUCACAUGAAAACCUGUCGAUACAGUUAUUGAGAUUAGUCAGUUGUAAUUUCUGUGAUUUCCGUUUUCCUCUCACACCCUCUAAAAUGUCCUUCGUGCAAAAUACCAUUCACGUUUUACCACCCAAAAAUAUUGCCAAAAUAAUAAUGAUCACUUUGCUUUUCUUUUUCUCCUAAGACUGGCAUAUGCACCACAGACGUCUUCAAUAGCACCAGACUUUUUGGUCUGAACCUCUGCUCGAACAUCUCUAUUCCAGUGGCUUGGUACAACAAAACUACUCCUUUUUUCCCACUCACCGGCCCUGCGAACUUCUCCAUUUACCUUAACAAAACAGACCCAUUGCUGACCCACUUCAAACUUGAAUUCAACAACACCAAACUGGACGAAUACACGAACAAGACGAUCCUCGCAAUCAGCAGUCCUGGGGCAUCCUUCCAGCGCAAAUACUACUGCAACGUCACCGUUAACCAAACGGAAGAGCAGCAUCGUUUCAACAUCAGCAUAGGAACCCACCAAGAAAAUGCGACCUCGAUCGACUUCAUCCGAGUACCCAUUUCCCAGGCUGUGAACAUCACUGUGAAUGUGACUAGCAAUUUGACCGCGUUCUACUUCCACCGCAAGUGUCACCUGACUCAUAAGAUCAAGUAUGGUCUUGCGCUUAACUUGACUCUUUUCAACCGAUCUCUAAGCCAUUCUUUCUUCGUUCAGAAUGACACUCAUUUGUGGCACUUGGAGACCAAUACCACUGUGAGAAAUACUACAGACAAUGCAACCAUUUCUGCUUUAUACCUCAACACCACCCUCAACCUCAAUGGUAACAUGACAGGGAACGUAACUCUAAACGUUACGUAUCGCCCAUUGAACCUGACGCUGUUUCUACGUGGGCUGCAUAACAUGACCGCCCUGAGCACUAAUGUGACUUGGAACGUGAGUUGCCCAGUCUGGAGCACACCGAUCCUGAACAACAACGUGACCAUCAACGUCACUUACGUGAACACCACCAACGAGUACAGGACCCAUGUCAACGUUUCUAGCAAUGGCACUCAGGUGUUGUCCUGCUACAAGGCGUAUAUAAACUCCACGGAGAGGAACGUCACGGGUUAUUACUGCAACGUCACCGUGCUUAACAAGACGUCUUCGCUGAAUGUGACUGUAACAAAUGCUACAGGCGGCAUCAGGGUUUGCCAUUUAAAUGUCACGCACCAGAACAGAUCCAUCACUUUGAACACUACCUGGAUGUACAACGAGCUGUUUAGAAAUGUGAGGUUGAACAUAACUUAUUUGAACCACUCCAUCGUCCUGUCUGGCUCUUUAAAGAACAGCACCCUCGAGAAAGGGAUCUGCUUGAACAGCACUUACUAUAAUGGCACACAAUCGAACUUGACUAUCUUGGCUACUUGCUUAAGCUUCGUUAACACAACGGAACAGAAGUCGUUGAUUUUUAAUGUAACCAGCCUGAAUACAACUGCUACAGUGAACACUACGUGGUUUGAAAAUUCCACUGCUAGAGGAAUACUGGUCAACUGCACCUAUCUCAACCAAACGGUGUUCAAUCUCACUGCCACUUACUUUAACUCCACCACGACCAAGAAUCUGCACUUCAAUUUCUCCAUGGGCAAUUGGACUGCAGAACUGAAUCACACUUUCUUUACAACUGAACUGCUUCAUGAGGUCGAUCAAAUCCGCAGUAUUAACAUCACGCACCGUGUCAGAAACGGCACACGCGUUGUUGUUAACAACACUUUUACUUUCACUUUCUUUAACACCACAGCCAAAAAGGACAUCGUGUUUAAUUUCACCUUCUCGAACCGAACCUUCGGAGCCCAGUUGUCAUUGGUGAACAAGACCACUGCAGAAUUACUACACCACAUUAUCAACAUCUCUUUGUACACACCUAACCGAACAAUCAGCUGGGUCGGUGUCUUGCAGAAUUCAAGCAAGGUGUUCAACCUCACGUCUCUCGUCAACCUCACAUCCGAGAGUGUUUUGAAUCACACCAUCGUUUGGAACAGGGAACUUCGCCACGUCAAUGUCUCUAUCGACAUCCUUCCGAACGUGACUGUCAGCUUCAACUGCUCAGGCACCUUUAACUCAAGCAUUAAUGUUACGGCUAAUGUCACUGUCUACAACCAUACACUUCUGUGGCAAGGAUUUGCCAGCAACUCGAGCGUUGUCUCCAACUUGACAAUGUGGAACCGAACCAUCGAGUUUGUUACAAGGACCUGCAACGUUUCCCAUAGUGCGUUCUUCAAUCUUAGCACGUGGCACCACUUCAACAAAACUGCAUUCAAUGGAUCGAUCAGUUUCUACAUCAACGCCACAGAGAGGAUUUCCUACUUCAAUGUCUCGGCACAGAACGUAACAUAUUCUUGGAAAAUGUUCUCGCAUAACGAAACGCGCGUUAAUAACACCAUUUACAGGAUUAAUGGAUCUGAGAUUUACACGGAGUGGAGUAGAGCGACCUUGGGAGACUUCUUCAUCUACGACGUGCUCAAUAUGACAUCGGUGAGAAGUUCCUGGCAGGCUUUAAACAAUGUCACCUUCAAUAUUCCCACCAAACUGGCAAAUAUCACAUUAAAUAUGACAUUGGAUGGAGUAAACAUGACGACGUUCCGAACCUACUUUAAGUACGUGUUAAAGAACAUCACCCAAGAGCUGCUUGUGUGGAACUACACCACAGAGAAUAUCACAGAGAACUUCUUCAACCUCACAAGACAUCUUCUAAACGUCACAUCCCGCAGCAUACCAGAUGUUACUGCCGAUCACUACAGGUAUUUCCACAAUGACAGCAACAAACUCAACUGCACUCUCUUCUACAAUAACCUGGCAUACGCAACCUUCAGUAUUCAGAAUAGCGAUGUCAGCUUGGCAAACAUUACGGAAGAGCUGAUCAUCAUCUUGCAGAACUUUACUGAUCAUGUUAAUACCACAGCCGUCCUCGGGAAUAUCACGAACUUGGUAAGGAACAUGUCUUGGUACGACCAGACCUUCGAAACCUAUAUUUACAAUCUAACCAUUUUUGGAAGAAACAUCACUCAGAACUUUACCGCCUGGUUGAACUGGACCGUCAGCGAGCUUGGAAAUUUGACAUUCGCCAACAGAACCGUCAAUUGCUAUCUGAGAGAUUACCUGCCUGUCGUUCACAAUCUAACCAUCGAGUUACUAAACGGUACUGUCAAUUUCACAGACACCCUGUUAAACGUUAGCUUGGUUUUCAGAAAUUUCACUCACAAUGUCACGGAGUACUUGCUCAAUGUAACACACCCUAUGCUGUAUAACAUCACCCGGCAAAUACUCGUGAAUAUUACUGGCUAUGUGAACAGCUCUUCUUUCCUCGGCGGAGUCGUGUAUCCAGUCUGGCAGAAUUUCACAGAUAUGUUUAACAUUAGCGUGUUCAACUUCACCCACGAACUUCUCCACAACUUGACCAUCUGUAAUACAUCGUUGGAGUGGCUCCUUCCUGCCCUUCAUUACCCAGUCAAUAUCAGCCUGUCGAUACAUAACUAUACAGCUAAUACGACUUUGUAUGCUGCCAUCGAGGGUCUCUUGAACAAAACCCUAGAACUUUACAACAUCACUGUGCGUACGACAGCUUGCCGUGUGAACAGAAGCCAUGAAUUACUCGUUAAUGUGACUGACUUUGUUCUCUUGGUCCUUAAUGAUACUGUGAACGUCCUUAAUGUUACGGUUAAUAAGACAACGCAGGAAAUCAUUGAGCUUUACAUUAACCGCACUUAUAAUAUGACCCAUCAGCUCUUCAACAUGACUUUGCAGUUGCUGACUUCAACAAACUUCAGCAAACCGCUGAAUGAGACAUGGGAAAUGCUGAACCUUACAACACAUUUUAGCAACUGGACUCACUGGUAAGAUAAACCAGAUAAACACGUAAAUUAUACCUCAAAAUUGGUCAUUCAUUUGGGGAAGGUUUUAAAAUUGAUAUACUCAACGUUAAAUUUUAAACCGCCAGGUAAACAUAGCUAACAACAUCAGGUCUUUGACUUGAGUAUUUCUCAAACUACUUGAGAGAAUGCUUAGUUGCUUUUUUCGAAAUAUUCUGAGAAACCCAAUGUUGUUGGAAGAAAUUGUUAUGGUGAGCCUAGGUCCAUACACAGAGGAAAAUCUACCAAUGGCCUUUUUAUUUUUGUACUGCUUCAAAAUUAAACAAUUCUUUUUUGAAAAUAUAACAUUCACAUUUCUUUUUUUUUCUUCUUUUAGUAUGCCAUGGAUGCGCCCUGCCCUCAAGAAGUGGAACUCGACCAUGUUCGAAAUAGUCAGCAUCAUGCGAAACCACAGCUGGCAAAACUACACGCGGCACUAUUUCCCUCUGUUGGUGAAUUAUACGACUAGGCCAAUAACGAUGAAUAUUUACCUGAUGGCUUGGUUCCUCAGGAACUUCCCAUCCAAUACCACUGUCACCAAUGAAACGAUGAUCAGCACUUUAACAUAUCCUCUCUUCUUGCGACUAAACUAUACUCAGUUUUUCCUGAAUGUCACCAAUGCCUACAUGAACCUUACGGCCAAGACCCUGAAUUUCACAAGGAACAUGACGGAAUUAUUCUUGAACAGGUAAUGGAGAAAGCCUUUAAAAUAGACAAAGUGGCAAAAAACCGGGGAAAAGCAGGAGUAACGGCCGUUAUAUUUUUAACAAUGUUCUAAACAUUUGGAAGAAGGGUUCACUAGAGUCAAGCACUCCUGAGUGGUACACGUAUUGUGCCAAUCGGUCAGCCUUAAUGAUCAGGGGAAGAUAAGGUUAAGGUUUGCUUCCAAUGAUAAUCAUUGCAGUGUUAGUUAAGUGUUCGUAGAAAGUGUUUCUGAAGAGGACCAAGUUUGACUUAAGUUCAGGUGCACUGUUCGAGCAAGUGCUUUACUCACCUUACGAGCCUCAUGGACCAAACGUUUUGACUUGACAUACAUACAAACUUAUAAUAUCUUUUACAUAUUGAGUGAUGGGAGGGGACUGUAGAAAUAUGGUAGCUUUAUUUCAAAGUUGGGUAGAUGUGGGAGAGGUUACUUAAGUAAACGCUAGUCUUUCUGAAGGGUUGUGAUCUCGGGCAAAAUCAUCGUGACAAUUUUCGUAAUGUUGUUGCUUCUUUCUCUCAUAACAGCACGUCUAACCUGACCGUCGUAACCUUCAACACGACCAUGAACUGGACACUGUCAAUCUACAACUGGACUCUUACUGUAGUCAACACAACAGCCAGCUUUGUCAACGGCUCGUUGGUAAAUGAGACGAUCUGUCACUAUGCUCAUCUUCCCGAGUUCAUCUAUUUCAAUAUGAUGAAUUUCUCGUGUAACAUCACUGAUCAUAUCUUGAACUACACCAUGUGCUGGGUCAACCAGACAAUCCGCGAGUAUGUCAAUAGGACCAUUUCUCCGGUGCUUAGCACACUGAGGACCUUGAAAGCGAUUAGUGAACUGAAGCGGGAAGAUAUGGUGGAGUUGCUUCAGCCACAAAGUAGGUCACAGAGCAAUAUUAAGUCCGAAUAACCGCAAAUGUAACGACGGCGCUUGCAAUCUCACUCCUUUCUUCUGGGAAUAGUGUGACAACCGAGAUACAAAUUGCCGCCCAGAACUCCAACAUCUACAUUCCCGGUCAGAAUUUUUGAAACGCUUGCGAGGUUUUCCUCCCCUUCCCUUUCAAUGUUGAUUUGGAAGACGUUUACGCCCAAGCAAACGUGUGAAACCAACACUAAGGAAGGGGAAGGGAAGAAACGACUAAGCAUAUGUUGUGUUUUCCGGAACUGCUUCAACAAAUUAUGACCGGGAUUGUAUGUCACUCUUCUUGUUUGUUGUAUGUUUAAGUAGGUUAAAAUUAGAAAAUAAUAUACUUUAUAGUGUUUCCUUAAAAAACGCUAGGUAACGAAAAACACUUACCUCAAUACUAUCAACCAAUGCAAACGUAAAUACACCCUUACAAACAAUUUUUAGUAUCAAGGCGAGCCUUUUUGACUACAAAAAAGAUAAGGGAUCUCAAAUGGCUGUGCAUAGCUAAUAAUGCAAUUACAUGUAGCUAGCUACUCACUGACUCUUGUCCGGACGCCUAUGUCAAAGUUUAAGUUUCAUCAAAACUUAGCCACAAGGUUUUGUCUAAGCUGAAUUACAAUGCUGUAGUCUUGAAGAAAUCAGUCAUCCGCCACCUCUUCCUAAUAUUUGUUUUCUUCCAGAUGUGACCGGUAUGACAUUUGGUCGCCACCACGUUUACACUUUUGACAAACGGUACUUCCGCUUCCCUGGCAUCAGGACAUCCCAAUGCCAGUUCUUGGUGGCACGUGACUUCAAGGACGGAAACUUCACUAUCUUAGCAUCCUCGCAUUCGAUCACCGUCAUCACUCGUGAUGCUGUUGUACGAAUUUACCGAGACGGCCUGGUUAAGUCUCAAGGAAUUGUGGAAGAGAAGGACAGGAGAAUGCUACAUGCAAUGGUGUAUGACGAGCUGCCCAUCCAGUUCGAGAAUACUAGCAUCGUCAGAGAUGGGCCAUAUAUCAACCUGACCAACGACCUCGGCUUCUCUCUUGAAUGUGAUAUGGAGCACUUCCUUUGCAGUUAUAAUGUCUCUGGUUUCUAUCACAACAGGACUGCUGGUAAGGUCUUCGCAAAAUCUAGAUCGAUGUGCCUAUCAGUUAUCAGAGAAAGUUAUUCAGUGUGUAUUAACUCAGUGUGAGGACAAGAUGGCUGGAUGUCGCACUAUUUCCAUUUUGCGCAAAAACAGAACAGGGGCGAUAUUUAGCCAUCGUGACCUUUCAAGGGUUGUCAAUCAGAGAACAAUUAUAUGGCCACAAGAAAUUUUUUCGUGUUGGAACAAAGCAACAAUUUCUGAGGGGGCCAAGACAGGCUCAUGCUGCCCAUUCCACCGGCCAGUCAGGUCAGUCAGAACACAAAAUUCGCUUUAUCUUGACUCCUCGCGAAGCAAGGCGUAUAAAAAUGUACAUAGUAAAAAUCUGUAAAAGUCACUUACAUUAGCAGUAUUUGUCACCCAGAAACUCUGGCAGUCAUAAUGCCAAGACAAAAAUGUGCAGCGUGUAGCUAAGAAUCAGCGUGUUCUCUUUAGGCAUUCUGGGAACCAACAAUGGUGAACCAAGCGAUGACUGGCUUUCACCCAGUGGAAAGAACCGAACUAGCGUUGCAGAUUUUUUCAACUCGUGGCAUGUCGCAGGAGGCGAGGAAUGCAAAGUGGAGAACAGUGUAGAAGCACAAAUGCGGCCUUGCGAGAGGAAGACAAAUCGCUGCAGUGAGCUUUUCAAGAAUGAAAGUUCGCCUCUGAGCGAGUGUUUCUCCAAGGUAUACUGUUUUCCUUUCCUUCUUUUUUUCUUAUUCUUUUCUUUGCCCCCUUUUCGUUAACAUACAGUUAUUUUGUAAAAUUCCGAAUCCGGAAGGCAUGCACUGCUGCACUGGCUUUUUUUCGUGCGGUUCUCCUCAAUACAACAAAAUAUUUUAACUGGACUAAGAGGGUUACCUCCCAAUGCCACCUUAACGUUCCUAGUCUCACCUUGUCUCCUCUCCAUUGCUUAGGUGAACCCACUUGACUUCAACGACGCAUGCGUUGCAGAUUACACUGACUGCGGUGUUAAAGACCCAGAGAAGACUAUCCACUGCAACGUAACUGCAGCAUACAUCCGGGAAUGCAAGCGUCAUGGAAUCGAGAUUACCAUGCCUGAUGAGUGUUGUGAGUUCCAUUAGGUUUUUCUUUUUACAUGAAGGUUGCAUUUUUUGGCUUCACAUUCACGAGACAAUCAAACCUUCAUUAUUCCUACAGGGCGGAAAAUUAGAACCAUGUCUAAGAUAUAUGAAAGUCAAGUAAAUAUCAUUAUCAAAUAUCAUUUAAGUCGUCACUUCGAGUUAAAUGUAUACUUUCAAUGUGUUAAAUUUGAACUUUCAACCAGUGGAACCUCCCUUUGUGAGCAUAUACGAAAUCUAUUGUAGUACUAUUUAGGACUACAAUCCUGUUCAUGUAAUCCGAUUACCCUUCUACAAACGCUUAGGGGCCGACCAUUUAACUCUUGACGGGGGGGGUGGGUGAUUUUUGGUCGGCAAGAAUUUUUUUUUCUAGCAAUCUGGUGGGCAGGAUAUUUUUUUCUCUUCUAAAUGCUCUGCAGGAUAUUUUUUUUCCCUCCUCAUUUCUCUGCAGGAUUUUUUUUUCCUCAAAAAAGGGUCAUGUGUUUACAUAUACAAAAUGUAUUUACACUUACAUUAUGGUCAUUGCAGUAAUAGUUCUAAUAUGGAGCUGCAAAGCCUUAAAAUGUUGUACGCUAUACAAAAUCAUUAUUGUAUAGCUAUCUUUUCAGAAAGUCAUUCUUUACACUCAUUUUAUUACGUCAAAAUAAAGUGAUGCACCACAGGCCAGGCAGAUGUGAAAGUGUUUAGUUUCUUAAUUAAAAUAAAAUAGCCAAAAAUAGCAAAAAGCAGUUUAGAAAUGCUCAUAGCAUGGUAAUUGCUGCUAGAAUCAUUAGUUGCAAUUUAAAAGUAGACUGAAAUAUUCAAAACCAAUGUGAAAGCAAAAUUGAAGUUAGUUGAUCUUGGUCUAAUUGAAAAAUAGCUCUAAUAAUUUUUGCUCAGUCUUUUUUCAGUCCACUUCUAUACAGUUGCAGCAUUCAGCCAUGUUCAUUGCUGCUGUUAAUUUUUAUCUUGCAGCGCAAUUUUUAUUCAUGAAAUAUACAGCUACUUUUUAUGCACCUAUCAAUGUCUUGCCCAAACAGAGGGAGUGCGGAAAUAGGUGGGGCAUUUGACCUGUGAACUUUGUCCAAGGGAGGGGAUGUUUUGAAUAAGAAUUAAGGUUUGAAAUGGCAGAGGGUGUGGAAUUUGAAAUUUAUUGACCAAAAAUAUUUGAAAUCAAUUGUCAAUAGCCCCUGGGUAUACCUGCACUCCCCCAAUUGGGGCUAGACAUCGAUAAGUGCAUUACUAAAACUUAAAAAAAUAUAUUAUAUUUAUUUAAAUAGAAAAUAAUUACAUAAAAAUGUUUCUGUUAAAAAUGAAAAAAAAAACUUCCUUUGUCUAUAAAAACUUGAUUCUUUAAAAAAAAAAAAAUUACCUCCAUUUAUAAUACUGCUUGUGAUAAGCUAAUAAUGCAUUGCACAUAUGACGCAAUAAUUUUGCAGCAUCAUCAAAUCCAGAGUUCAAAGUGAGCAAGGGAAAAAAAUGGUUGCAGUUUUGCUGCGAUUUUUUAAAGACCCCCGGAAUGAUGAAAUAGCUUUGCAACAUUUUUUUUUCUUUCUUACAGCAGCGCAAGAAUUUUUUUUCUAUUACAUUUGUGCUGCAUGCAAUUUUUUUCUUCCGACAAGCGCUUGCAGGAAAUUUAUUUUCAAAAUCACCCCCCCCCUCAAGAGUUAAAUGGUCGGCCCCUUAUAAGAUUAUUUUAGCUAAGACCGACGGCCACUUUCUAAGAAUCAGUUUACAAAUAGCGCGUCAAUAUCAUUAUGCCUUAAAUAAUGUUUUUCUUUCGGAAAUUUACGAAGUUUCCAAGAGUUCAAUACUAAUACCGUUUUAAAGCAAUAAACAAUUCAGGUAACUUGUGCGAUCGGUAAGAAGCAUUUCGUAUUAAAUAUGUUUUAUUGUUUGUUUGUUUGAAAAAGUUGUUAAGUUGUACUAAACCCAUUAUCUUAGUAGAAAAUCCAAUUAUUGGAUUUCUCCUUUUUGUAAUCCACAGCAUCAUGUGAUGUCAAUGGACGAGUAUUCAAGAAGAACUCUACCUGGAAGCUAGAGCCAUCUAGUGAUGUAGAUGUCGUUUUAGUUAGCAGCGAAGGUCCCGGCAUGAAGCACGUGGUCCAUCGCCUGCCAAUUUUGGUCGAUCAUCUCGACAAUUUCUUGAAGAAUCACAAGUUAAGCCCGCGGUUUGGCCUGGUCGGAUUUAGCGGUAAAGCCCCUGUGCAUAGGCCCGGUCAUGUCCACACUGUGAAAGGAAAAUUCUUCUCUGACGCCAAGGACUUCAAGGAUAGUGUCAUCAUGAACAUGCAGUUUGCUAAGAGGUGCGAAUGUUUUGCUGAGCUUAUACAUAGAUCCAUCAUACUUCAGGCUACGUUGAGUCUUUUUCUAGCGUGAAGAGGCCUUUUACCUUCCUUUGAGGAAAAUGAGCUCUUAGGGAUUGAAUUUGCUGCCGGAAAUAUCGAUAGAAUGGUCAAUACCUUCCGAGUAAGCGACCAUCACAGCUACCGAGAUGUUUAUUUCGGGUUUCUGAGGCCUAGAAUAGAACAACCAAUCAAAAGGUGACUAUGAAAUUUCCCGCGUUAAGAAACACCGCACGCGGCAAGUACCGCGUAUUCAAACUUGACUUUGAUAGCCCUUACCAUGAGGCGUGGUGUCAAAGGACAUCACUUCCUACAACAACAUAGGGAACCAACCCUUAUGAUAAUUAGUCAUUCAAAUAAAUCUUCUGUGAAGCAAAGACUUACCGUUAUUGCCAGUUUUAUAUGAUUUAAUAAUAGGAUAUUUAGUUAACAGGCCUGUUGUAAUUGUUAUUAGCGACAAAGAAUUCCCAGACAGUGAUGGUUUCUUGGGCUUGAUGAAAGCAUCUGAGUAUCCAUUCAGACCCGGCGCCACCAAGCUUAUUAUCAUGGUUACGAACAGCCCCCGUGUUAACCACAGCACCCUUACCAACUUUACAGUAUCCGAGGCUCUGAAGAGCAUUAGCGCCAAACUUGUUGUCAUUGGUGAUUUCGGGUGAGUAGCAUCUAACAUUUGAAUAAAGGUAUUUUUUCAUCUUGUUUUUCAAAGUAUCCCAACAGAUGACUCCGUAAUUUCACAAAUUAAGCUUUUGUGACUUCAUUACUUCUUUUCUGUAUGGCCAGGCUGUUCGGUCCCACCGUAACAUUUAAUAUUUAAAAACCAUUUUACUCCUAACAGUAGCCAAUGAAAAAUUCAAGAAUGCUCCUAAUAUCUUUUAAAGUUUGCCAAAGAAGUUUCAUUUGAAUGGUAACACCAAAGGAUUUUGUCCACAGAUUUAAAACUUAGAGCGACUAAUCAUCCCGUCCUAACUUAUUCUGGGAUAGUGAUGGUUAAGCCUUUAAUUCCCUAGAGUGACCAACGUCAAUCACAAUACAUCAUCAAGCCAAUGGAGAAAGAAGUGUGACGUCACCGAUAUGAGAAUUUGGGAAUUAUGGGAUUUGUGGGGGUUCCAUGAUGUUGCGGACGGGUGCAGUCACCAAAUGACGUAAUACAAAUAUCCAAAACUACAAAACAAUAGCUAACCAGGCAAAGAAUGCCUCAUUAUCAAUUUGUCAUUGUAGAGUUGAGAUAAUAGCAGUGAUAGGGGUACUCUGAUGACUCUAAACAAAUCCAUUUGUAAGGAGUCAUCUCAGCGUCAAGGUGUUAGCAACCCGCCCUCUUGCAGAAAAAAAUGGCCAUUCCGCUAGUCCCAUCGCACCAAAACACCCGGAUACACCCGGUUCCUACUUAUGAGAAGACUCCUGGGUUCAAACCUUUCACAGCACGAAUACAGUCAUAAUUAAAAUGUGGUUUGUUGAUUAUGAUGUACCCGUGAAAGGGUUGCGGGAGAGGAGAGAUGCAAGUAGAUAAAGUAAGAUUGGUAAUUCUUAUGGGGUUCUUAUCUUUAAUAGAGAGCUUUACAUUCUAAGGCGAGAACGACUGCGAGAACGAUAUUUUCCCAAUACCAAGUCAAGUACACGCGCGCGAACCAACACCAUUUUGGCGGUAAAAUGUGGCCGUCGUCAUUCUACUACGAGUUUUAUUGUCGUGGUGGACGUCGUGGUGGCGAAAACAGACAAAACAAGUUGUCAAAUGGCAGAAAUUUUAUCAUUUAGCGAUCGGAAGAGGGCUUAACCUCCUUCAACGGAAAUAAGCGUGCUAACUUUGGCGGUGAAAAAAUGUGCAAUGAAGCUUUCCGGGGUGUCUGUUCUAGAGAACAGGCGGGAAAACUUAGAAUUAAAUGUCGUCCUCGUAGUCGUCCGUGUUCUCGAAUUUAAAACUCUCUUAUGUUGCCAGUGUUAACCCUUUAGGUCCCAGGAGUGUCCAACAUCAAUUUUCUCCUAACAACAUCAGCAGAUCAACAAGAGUAAAGGUUAUGAGAAUUACUAAAUUGAUGACCAAAGGGAGAAAACUUUGAUCUUAAACCAAAUUCUCUCAACUAUUUUUAAAAGAAAUGUAUGGAGAUCGGUCUGGAGAAUUUGUAUUUCGAUCUUGGGGCUUAAAGGGUUAAAUUCGUCUUUCACCAUUGGAAGAAAUUGUAGCUAUUGAUAACUUUUUAAGUCUUAGUGAUUGUGUUUUUGUGUUUGUGGGUAUGUUUUGUGUUUGAGUUGUUUUGUUUGUUUGAAAAAAAAGGGCUAAAAGUGAACUUAUGACUUGAGCGAAACUAUGUGAACUUGAUAUGAAUAUCAUGGCAGAUGGUACUGCUGAGGACCUGUGACGACAUUCAUAGUGGUUGCCAACGUUGCCGUCAUCAUGGAUUUCAUUGAAAACUUAGAUUUUAUGCAAAUUAAAACAUUGCUUUGAAGAGCAAACCGCUAGGAAUUCAAGCCAAAACGCAGUGGGGGUUGGGGAGCGUUGGUUUCACUCACACCUUUUCCUCUGUAUAAUAGCGGGAACGUGAAUUUCUGCGUCGAGGAUGGACACGAUUAUCAGCCGCUGUUCGGAUAGUGCGCCAAGGCCAGACUCAAUAAAACGGCCAAAGCCGAGCCCUGUAGAAGGUUAACAAGUUAUUUCCGACUUUCUGGAUGAUUUGUGAUUACUCAAUCAUUUUUUUCUUCUUCUACUUAUCUUCCAGCUACAAAAAAGCAGUUGCAGUGGACGCCUUGAACAUGCUGUACCUCAAGAAAGGCGAGUACAAGGCCACCAAAUGGUCAGAUAAGCUGCCUAAGAACGACGAGUAUGUGGAAGUCGUCAAACAGACGCAGGGCGUAACCGUGAAUUUGAAAUGGCUUGAGAAGCUUCCAAGCCGACUAGAGCAGCACAGAACGGAAGCCAGGAAGGAGGAAGCAGUGUUUAAGAGCAUUCGAAAUCAGAUCGACAAGGAUAUAACUCACUGCAAAGAGUGCGGUUGUAUUGCUGAUGAGGUCGGCAAAGGAAGGACAAUCUGCAAGACGGUGCUGUCUUGCCAGUUUUAGAAGCAAGUAAGAGAGUUUUUUUUUUAAUCGUAACCUUUGUAGUUGUUAGUUUCGUUGGUUGGGUCGUGUAAAAAAAAAAUCGUGUCUAUUCCGGUAUACACCUUUUGGUCUUUGACAACAGACAUUUGAGAAUCUCUCCGAAUGCUUGCUCCUUCCCUCCUUUUUCAACGGAUCGAUAUCCUUUAACGAUAUCCUGUAAUUGUCUCGCACACAAGACUAGCCCAUGUGAAAAUUCAGCAAAAAAUUUAAUUGCGUAAAGUAGUGGAAACCAAAAUGCAAUUGGAAGCUCUGCCAAAUAACUUACAGUUCUAACGGCCACAUCGCCUUUGCGAGGGUCGCCUUUUUUACGUUUGUAGCAUUUAAAAGAGUAGUCUAAAUAUUCCUUUCUAAACAUUCGUUUGUUUUUAUUUGUUUUAGGUAUACGUUGUUCACUCGGUUCCAACCUGACUUCUGCCUACGUAUAACCAAUGCUGAUUAAUAGUCAAUAGAAGGUGUAUCUUUAGUUAGAGCGGGACAGAAUACCCGGCCAUAUUUCCUUCAAAAAAUUUUUAUGCUUUGUUACUGUUGUUGUUGUUGUUGCUGUCGCUUUUAGAUUUGUCUGUUUCUUUCCGCUGCAUUGCAGCAUCUGCUACUAUAAACGUGUUGGCGUUGAGGCUUUCCUUGCUUACCAUCAUCUGCUUCAAAUAGUUACGUUAAAGCAAAAAGUUAGGUUUCUGCCACGUUUUCUUCUUGUUUUCUUCUUGUUUGCGCUAUUUAAGGAAAACAAUUUACGGAAUUUUGCUUGCGCCAUUGCUCGUUAAACUAUUCACAUUAUUGAAGUAUUAUUUUGAAGCUAAAAGAAUCUACUGGUGUCUUCCUGGGAACCUGGAUUAAGACAUGCUUUAAUUGCGGAUGUGAGUUACUAGAGUUGUUUUAAACUCUGCCAGGAAAAGAGGAAGUUCCGACUGGACACUUUGCCGCGCUGAUAUAAGUAUAAAGAGGGAUCGAGCUGCUCAAUGUGAUCUUAGAUGGGGUAAUUCAUUUUGUUAGAGGUAUAACAUUAAACUUACUUGAGGCAUUUACCUUUGGUUGUAACUGUUUUGGUUUGAAAUUCAGUCUGAGUGGUGGCUGGUUUGAGUUUUACCACCUGAUGUCCCGUUUCAGUUCUUUUCAGUGCUUUUCCUUAACUGAUAUGUGUACAAGUUUGUACCAAUCACAAACUGGAGCGGGCGGUUGAACGAGGAAUAGAUAGCCGUUAAUGUCAAUGUUUUUGACAAGCAUCUUCUCCUUCGUGGGGAAUUCGCAGUAAACGUUUUCCUUAAUGCGAUUUCAAUAAAGGAAGAGUGUACAUCUCUGGCCAUGAGGACCAUCUAUAGCGCACUACACCGAUACCCAAACAUUGAACUCAAACCUUUUGCCUCAAUUCGGUUACAGUACAGAAAUCGUGUACAUCUCUAUAGCUCAUCGCACCAAUACCCUCCCUCUCCCCUUUUCAAAGAACUAAAAGUACGUACCCAGAGGAAACCUCAAAAGUGUGUGUAAAUCGUACCUUAAGCGAGGCCAAGGACGUGUUUGUCCACGUUAGUAAAUACAGUAAACUCUCUCUUAACGGACACCUCUGUAAGAUGGACACCAGGUGUUGGUCCCUGCCGUUUUUCAAAUUUCUCAGAACAGAAAUAUAGGUGCUCUACAUGGCAGCAAAUUGUAAAAUUUUUAUACUACGUAGUCUUGCUUCAGUUCGCAGAGUUUAUAUUGUUACGCUUUUAGACCACG